ACAGGGCUAGCUCCCGCCUCACACAGCUACACUUGCACCAAGUGCCUCAUCUAGUACGGGUGACGGGGAAGUAAGCGCUUAAAACGCAUGAUAUCCACGGCCGCGGGACUCAGUACGAGUGUAGUCGCGAAGCGGUGUGCGUUCAUGAUCGUGUGCAGAAUAUCAGUGCAGUUGGGUCACAGAACACAGGGAACCUUGGUGCGGGCAGAUGUACCGCAUUGUGCCGGUGUUGUAACCGUACCUCGAAAAGGACCGUGAACCAGUGUUCGAUUUCGAUCGAUUUCGUGUGGCUCUUGGUGACAGCAAGGGACUUUUGCAGUGCAGUGGUGUUGUAGCUGCAUCAGCAACAUGCAGUACAUACCGCUCGCGGCCGGUAUUCUGGGCAUGGUGAGCUUCACCCGGCCCCAGGAUAGCUUGCUGUCGAUGCUAAGCUUCCUGCAGGAUGGCGGUGAGCGUAUGACGCACGAACUACCAAGCCAACCGAUAGUGCAACCAGAAUAUGAUUUCAUUAUCGUCGGAGCUGGAUCGGCCGGAAGUGUUCUGGCGAACCGGCUCAGUGAAGUACCGGACUGGUCGGUACUGUUGAUCGAGGCAGGACCCGGUGAGAACCUUCUGAUGGACAUCCCGAUGGCGGCACACUAUCUACAGAACUUUAACAUCAACUGGGACUAUCGGACGAAGCCGAGCGAUCAAUACUGUUUGGCGUUUAAAAACAACCAGUGCCGGUUCCCACGUGGCAAGGUGAUGGGUGGUUCGAGCGUACUUAACUACAUGAUCUACACGCGUGGUAAUCGGCGCGACUUUGAUCACUGGGCCGAGCUGGGAAAUCCGGGUUGGUCGUAUGAGGAUGUGCUGCCGUACUUUAAGAAGCUCGAGCACAGUGUCGUACCCGAUGCGGAUCCUGCCUACGCUGGUAAGGAUGGCCCACUAACGAUCUCCUAUCCACGGUUCCGGUCGGAUACGGCGAAAGCGUUCGUGCAAGGUGCGAUAGAGAAUGGUGCACCGUACGUGGACUACAAUGGCCCUACCCAGAUCGGUGUUUCGUACAUCCAGAGUACUACGAAGGAUGGCAAGCGGGAUAGUACAAACGUUGCCUACCUGUACGAUAUGCGUAAUCGGUCCAAUCUGCAUGUGAAGAAAAGUAGCCAAGUGACCAGAAUUUUGUUCGAUCGCAGUACCAACCGAGCGAAUGGUGUACGGUUCUAUCAUUCGGGACGCUUCUACACGGUUCGAGCCCGGCGUGAGGUGAUCGUGUCGGCGGGGGCUAUUGGAUCACCACAUCUCCUGAUGCUUUCCGGGAUUGGACCGUCCGAACAUCUCCGUGAAAACGGCAUCAAACCGAUCGCAGAUCUACCAGUUGGCUACAACUUCCAAGAUCAUACCGCUGCCGGUGGGCUAACAUUUUUAGUCAACAACACCCAAACGCUCAAAUACAAGGACGUCUUCCGGUUGGAUAACUUCAUGAAGUAUCAGUACGAAAAGCUUGGCCCAUUUACAUCGACCGGUGGGUGUGAAGCGAUCGCUUUCUACGAUUCCGAGCAUCCGCGAGAUCCGGACGGUUGGCCCGACUUUGAGCUGCUGCACAUCGGGGGUACGAUCGGUGCUGACCCGACGUACGAGGUGAACUUCAAUUACAAACCUAAAACAUUUAAGAAACUGUUCGGUGACAUCCAGCGCAAAGGUAUGGAUGGUUUUACGGUGUUUCCGUUGAUUAUGAGGCCACGCAGCAAGGGUCGCAUCACGUUGAACGGUUCGAACCCGUUCCGGUAUCCCAUCAUCGAACCUAACUACUUUGACGAUCCGUACGAUCUGAACAUUUCGGUACGCGCUAUCCGGAAAGCGAUCGAGCUGAGCCGUACGGCAGCGUUCCAGCGUUACAAUGCACGGUUGCUGGAAAUUCCGAUGCCUGGUUGUGAACAGUUCCGGUUCGAUUCUGAUGACUACUGGAAAUGUUUUUCGCGACAUGCUACCUUCACCAUCUACCAUCACGUGGGUACGUGUAAAAUGGGCCCCCGAAAGGAUCCGACGUCCGUCGUUGAUGCGAGGUUGCGCGUGCACGGUAUCAAGGGUUUGCGGGUGAUCGACGCCAGUAUUAUGCCGGACGUGCCGACCGGCCACACGAAUGCGCCCACCAUCAUGAUUGGUGAAAAGGGCGCGGAUAUGAUCAAGGAAGAUUGGAACGAGCUGACGUAGAAGAGCGUAACGGACGAGUUUAUGUAUAUUCGGUAGGGUGACUGUGACUGCUGGUAGUCGCAGAAAUUUGUGCACGAAUGUGGCAUGCAGUUUAUCCAUUCCUAAACACGAUCUCCCCCCAAGAGAAAGCAAACAAUUAUUUAUACUAUUUAUAAUGUUAGCCCGAUAUCGGUAGUGAUAAAUGUAGAACAGUGAUGCGCUGUACUUGGUCGACGUAUCAAGCCCUGUAAUAAAAUGUACUUCCUCUAGCUUAUUGCAUUACGAAAC